AUGCUGCUCUUCAAGGAGCAGAACGAGGACCUGGUGGACCAUGUCCCCAAGGAGCGCGAGGCGCUGCUGGAGAGGGAGUUCCAGAGGGUCACCAUCUCCGGGGAGGAGAAGUGCGGGGUGCCCUUCACGGACCUGCUGGAUGCGGCCAAGAGCGUGGUGAAGGCGCUGUUCCUGCGCGAGAAGUACAUGGGGCUGUCGCUGCAAAGCUUCUGCAAGACCACGGCUCGCUACCUGCAGGAGCUCUCCGAAAAGCCCCUGGAGACCCGGGGCUACGAGGAGGUGCCCGAGACCCCCGUGGCCGCGGGUAAGCAGAGCCACCCUGGGGACACGGAGCGGGAUGUCACCGACAAGAGCACAGAGCUGGACCUGCCGUACCCCGACCUGCAGGAGUUCAUCGCCGACAUGAAUUUCCUCAUGGCUCUAAUCAUUAACGGGCCCAUCAAAUCCUUCUGCUACCGGCGCCUGCAGUACCUGAGCUCCAAGUUCCAGAUGCAUGUGCUGCUCAACGAGAUGAAGGAGCUGGCAGCCCAGAAGAAGGUGCCCCACCGCGACUUCUACAACAUCCGCAAGGUGGACACCCACAUCCACGCCUCGUCCUGCAUGAACCAGAAGCAUCUCCUGCGCUUCAUCAAGCGGGCCAUGAAGAAGCACCUGGACGAAAUCGUCCAUGUGGAGAAGGGCAAGGAGCAGACGCUCAAGGAAGUCUUUGAGACCAUGAACCUCACUGCCUACGACCUCAGCGUGGACACGCUGGAUGUCCAUGCGGACCGCAACACCUUCCACCGCUUCGACAAGUUCAAUGCCAAGUACAACCCCAUUGGUGAGUCCAUCCUGCGGGAGAUCUUCAUCAAGACGGACAACCGCGUCUCGGGGAAGUACUUUGCCCACAUCAUCAAGGAGGUGAUGUCCGACUUGGAGGAAAGCAAGUAUCAGAACGCUGAGCUGCGGCUCUCCAUCUACGGCCGGUCCCGCGAUGAGUGGGACAAACUGGCCCGCUGGGCUGUGAACCAUCGCGUUCACUCCAACAACGUCCGCUGGCUCGUGCAGGUGCCCCGGCUCUUCGAUGUCUACCGGACAAAAAGGCAGCUGGCCAACUUCCAGGAGAUGCUGGAGAACAUCUUCCUACCCCUCUACGAGGCCACCGUCCACCCUGCCCAGCAUCCGGAGCUGCACCUCUUUCUGGAGCAUGUGGACGGCUUCGACAGUGUUGAUGAUGAGUCCAAGCCGGAGCAUCACAUCUUCAACCUGGACAGCCCCUUGCCGGGCAACUGGGUGGAGGAGGACAACCCGCCCUACUCCUACUACCUGUACUACAUGUAUGCCAACAUGACCGUGCUCAACCACCUCCGCCGGUAA